AUGGGAAUGACUACUGUUUAUUUUGUAGAAGCGCUUCGCAAAUAUCCGGCGAUGGGCUGGCUGGACCGCCUCGCAAGCAAAGACUACCAAAUCGACGAAAACCUAACCGUUCCUGCGGGCAUGCCCGUCUACGUUAACGUCGUGGGAAUGCACUACGACCCAGAAUACUUCCCAGACCCUGACAAUUUUGAUCCUGACAGAUUCCUACCCGAAAGAGAACAAAAUAUUAAACCGUUUACGUUCAUGCCAUUUGGGCAAGGACCUAGAAAUUGCAUUGUCAAGCCAAAACCCAACGCGAAGACCCCAGACCUGAUCGAACCCGAGAGAAGAGCGCUGUUCCUCAUGCCUGGAGAAGAACUGACCGUUGAUUUUAUACUAAGAGAAUAA